UGUGAAAGAAGGCUGAGGUACCACAAUGAUCAGAAGACUGCUUUCUUUGAUUCUUCUAAGUACAUUGUCUUUGACCGAAGGGGAUGAGGGUCCUUUCCAGAGCUCUAUAACUAUGACUAAACUUGGAGAUAAUGUGACUCUGACAUGUAAAAUCCCUAGGGAUGAUGUUGGGUUGUCUUACUGGUAUAAGCUGAAUUUUGGAAGCGUGAUUGAAACAAUUGCUUCAGGAAGUUUUGACAAAAUAUCACUAAAGGGACCAUUUAACAACUCAAGAUUCAAUGCCACAAAAGUGGGUGAUAUCUAUUCUCUUACCAUAACAAAUGCAACCAAAGAAGAUGAAGCAACUUACUUAUGCCAAGCAGGAACGGCAUACAUAAUGGAAUUUUUUAAUAGCACGCUUUUGGUCGUGGAUGAUACAAAAACGCUGCAGAAAUCUUUCACCGUGAAACAAACUUCAGACGUGGAGUCAGUACAUCUGGGUGAUACAAUGACUCUGCAGUGUUCGCUCCUCUCUGAGAACAAAGAUGACACAGAUCAGUGUCCAGAUGAAGACAACGUGCACUGGUUUAAAGGUGCAUCAGAAUCCCAUCCAGGCAGCAUUUACCACGGCAGUCUCAGAAAUAAAGAGGACGGGAGAUGUGACUACAGUCUGUCCAAAACUGUAACAAACUCAUCUGAUGCUGGGACGUACUACUGUGCCGUGGUGACAUGUGGACAGAUCCUGUUUGGUGAAGGAACUGAAGUGGAGAUAGAGGGGUUCCCGCUGGUUACUGUGCUUGUGAUACUGCUGACCUGCUCUGUGGUUGUGAAUAUUGCACUGAUUCUCACCAGAAAACAAAAACCAGAUUGGAAACACAGCAGAGGAAAAGUUACAGCCUCCAAUCAAUCAGUCAGUCAACAGGAGAGAUCGACUGUGGAUCAGCUGAAUAAUGUGGAGGGUGAAGAAGUGGGAGUAAACUAUGCGGCACUUGACUUUCCCUCAAGAACAGCUAAAAGAUGAAAGAAUAACAGGAGCUACCGGAUGGCACGGCAUGUACUCUGGAAUAAGAGACUACUAGUAAAUCUUUCC